AUGAGACUCGAUCUUACAGUCGAAAUAACAGGCCAUACUGGGGACGUCGUCGAUUUUGUUGCAGACAUAACGUUUCCUGAUGUACGAAAGCGCUGUGCUGUAAAUUCUGAUGCGGGAUCCGUCAUGAUCAUUCCUCGUGAGCGCGUCAGUACUGGCCAGUGCUUGGCUCGACUUUAUGUGCAGAUCAAAGACGAAAUUCUUGUGGAAAGCUCCGAUCCCGGUAAUUCAGUAGUACGGGAAAAGAAUCGCAACAGGCGAGCCGCGAUCACUCUCGAUUUUAUUCUAGCAUAA